AUGACCAACUCACCCGAACAUUCUUUUCUUUCCCCAUCAUUGUCACAGCUCCGUCGCUAUUGUACCAAGGUUUUUGCCCUUCUUCUCCUUCCUCUUCUUCUUCAAGCGGUCAGUAUUCCUGCUCCUGGCGCAGGAGAAGAUCGUGCAAUAUAUCUGGUGCAUGUGGAAGGUGACGGCCCUGUGGCGUUUGAACCGGAACACGCAGAAAAAUUCUCCAACAGAAGGUAAGUAAAAUACGAUUUCAACGUAAGGAUAAAUGGAUGACUGAUAAGACCUGUUCAACUUGUGAUCGCAGUGGAUCUUCCGUGUCUCUUGCCAAGAACUUAGUUGAUCUCCACGACGAGCUCCUCCAGAGCAGUCUAGCUGAGGGCACGUACCAGAAGCUGUACAGUUUCAACCACAUUUUCAAUGGCUUUGCCGUCCACACAACUCCAUCCCAGGUGGUCUCCACCUUUCUCUCUCUCCCCAGCAAAACACAUCUGGCUUCUACUAGUUAGAGUGACCCUCAACUGAAGGGAUAAUAGUUACAACAUUACGCAGGCAAUAGAUAGUCGUAAAUGACGCAGAAAUCGAUUGGAAAUCAGUAGAUGGGAGAAGUCUGAUAAGGGUAAACCGAUUUUGAGCUGAAGAUUUAUGUGCAUCUUCAUGGGUUUAUAUCAACCAAGAAAUUUGUGACCUGUACGCCAUGUGAAAUUAUAUCUUGAAGAAUAACCCUAUUCAGGUUGCCGACGUGAAGGCAUGUUCUUGUUUUCCCAAGGUUACCAUGAGAAAGCAGUCACACCGCAUCGGGUUUCUGGGAAGCCACCGCCCGUAACGACAACUUUCCUACAGCCGUCUCCGCGGGGCCGGCGGAUCAGUUUUCUUCCUCUAAGCUUCCCACGGAAAUGGCGGUCUUUUGCCGUCCCACAGAAAAAAAGACUUGCCUCCUCGGCAAGCUGUGUAGACUAGGAACGCCGCGGUCUCUCUGAAAUGAAGUAUUCCUUGGAAUAACUUUUUUUUCGGACAUAAAAAUCAGCAUGUUUACGCGGAUUUCCUGUCCCUACUACAGGCGGGAAGACUGGCGGCAGCCCCUGGGGUGAAGCUAUUGGAGAGAGACAGACAAGCCAAGCUGAUGACGACGUACACCCCUGCAUUCCUGGGCUUACCUGGCGUGUGGGCAGAGGGUGGAGGGGAGAAGACCGCCGGAGAGGGGGUUGUAAUAGGGAUCAUAGAUACGGGUAUCAACCCGGCCCAUCCGAGCUUCGCCAAUGAUCCAGAAAACCCCUUUCGACCAGAUUGGAGGCCUCAGUUUGACGGUGCCUGCGAGAUGAGUUCACUGGCCGGGGCUCUUUGCAAUGGAAAAAUAGUAUCAGCGAGGCACUUCUCCGCCGGCGCAGCAGCGGUGUUUCCCCUCAACGCGUCAAGGGAGCUGUCGCCUGUGGACGAGGUCGGGCAUGGAACGUGAGUCGACCCCCCAUUGCUCACUGAGUUCGAAGAAAGUAAUAGUAUUUGUUGUUCAUUAUGUAUGAGAUGAUCAAGUAAAAACCAUUCCGGUCUUGCAGCCAUGUGGCCUCUGUUGCUGCUGGGAACUGGGGAGUUCCAGUUGUUGUUGGUGGCUUCAAAUAUGGUACAGCAAGCGGAAUGGCUCCCCGUGCAAGGCAUGAUCGUCGCAUAUCUUUUUCUAAGCUUCUUGACGGGGUGUUGCAGAAAACUCUCUUCAGUAAGCUCCAAUGGAGCAGGCUUAAUUUCAAUAAGUCACUCACGCCAUUCGGUUUGUGCUCGUUGAACAGAAUUGCCGUUUACAAGGCCAUCUAUCCAGAAGGCGGGACUACUGCAGACGUGAUUAGUGCUAUUGAUCAAGUAAGUUUCCUUGUUUAGUUAGCAGCUGAAAGGGAUUAUAAACAGAAGAUGUGCUGGAGCAAUUUGAUAUAAGGAAAAGAAUAUCCUCUAGCAUGUUCACAAACUCCGUUCCCUUGUCCAUAAGAUAGAUGAUCAAUCACCAGCAGGUAAAAGAAAAGACCCCAUCCUUUGAAACUUUUUCCCGAAUUUAUGCAAACCAAAGCGAGGUAUUUCUUAGCUUAAAUAAACAUGAUUCCACCACUCUUAUUGUCUUGAAAAAAUUAAACUAGCCCUGCCAUGAAGACCGAAGAAAUACCUCGGUAAUACUUUGGUUCGAAUGUCUUCAGGAAAUCAUUUCGAUCAUUUCAUCACAAUAGCUCACUAAGAGUCCUCCUUCGGUCAAGAUUUUUGUACCAAUCUGACGGCACGGUAGUAAAUCUCUGUUGAUUUGCGCGUGUAGGCUGCUCAAGAUGGAGUACAUAUAUUGAUCCUUUCUAUUGGUCCAGACGAACCCCCGGAAGGCAUACCAAGUUUACUGAGCGCGUUUGAAAUUUCUCUACUAUUUGCUCGAAGGGCUGGUAUAUUCGUAGUUCAAGCUGGAGGAAAUAAAGGACCAAGUGAAUCAACGACCAUCUCAGUCAGCCCGUGGACCGUCGGAGCAGCUGCCGGUACGACGGACAGGAAAUUCCAAGCUACCAUCAAACUUGACGACGGUAUCAUACUUCAGGGUGUUGGUUUGACAGGCACGUUCCGCUUCUUUACUCUCACCAGCCACUCUUUUGAUAGAUCUCGCUAUGCUUUAUUCAUAAAAUUGAGAGUAUAACAAAUGCGACGCAACAGAUGUCUCUACUCUUCCACAGUUCGUAAAAUCCCUUCAUUAACCCUUCGUUAACAUUAAUUUAUUUUACAUGCACAUAAAAAUGCGGACAAAUAUUACUUUGUGCUAAUCGACGUGUAAUACACCGUUGGAAGAAAGCUAGAAGUUAAAGAUGUCAAACAAUCGAUUGUCUGCAUGUCCUCUAGAUCGGUACCAUCUAGAGAACGCUUUUCGCAGGGCUCCUUUGAAAAUCAAUGAUACACUUGACUUAUGAAAAUUGCGUCCACGAUGGCAUGUGAAGAGAAAACUGUCAAGAUCUGUUGGAUGUGUACGAUGAGGGGAAAUUAAACAGAAAAAGAUGGUGUCUUAGACGAAACUCUACUGAUCCCAUAAAAAUAACGAGCAGUGCAUCUCAGAGAGUAGAUCAUACAUUGUGAAUUAUGAUAUUGGAUAUUGUUGCAUUAUGAUAUUUAUAUAACUCGUGAAAGUUUAAUGCAUCCCGAACACAGGAAAAAUUGUCUCGUGAUUUGUUUGAUUGGCAUAGAAUUAACCCGAAGAGACGUCUAUGUAGAUUUCUUCAUAACUUAUUAGACGUUAUAGUUAUCGACUCAAUUUGUUGCACUGAUAUUCACCUCCAAUCCAGGACCCUCUUAUAAGGACGGUUUUCCAUUCAAACCGCUUGUGGCGGCGAAAGAUGCCAUUGCCAAACAGAGAGGCUCACAGAUAAGUCCAGCCUACGCCGAUGAAUGCCAGCAUCCCGAGGCACUGGAACCUGCUGUGGUGCAAGGAACCAUUGUUAUUUGCAACUUCUCAGUUGGCUUCUUCAAUGGGAGCUCAACGGUGACUUCUACCCUGAACACAGCCAAGGUACUGGGUUUCGCGGGCUUUAUACUGGUGGCUAACCCAAUCCUCGGAGAUUUCGUUGCCGAGCCACUACCCUUCACUAUCCCCGGCAUAAUGAUUCCCAAGGUUUCUGAUGUCCAGGUAAAUAUAGUGAGAAAAGGCUUGAUAAUGCCUAGACAUUAGUUCUUGUUUGGACCCCCCGCAUCAAACUCACGCUAGAGUUCACGUACAUCUUCAAAAUGUUUGUAGAUUCUGCUGGAUUACUAUGAAAAGACCACGUAUCGAGAUCCAGAAAGGACUGUGACUAGGUACGGUGGUAGGGCAUCGAUCGGCGAAGGAAGAAUCGCUUCUUUCGACGAAGGAGCUCCCGUGGUGGCCAGGUUCUCAUCAAGAGGGCCGGAUGUCGUAGACCGUCAAAUGAACGCAGUAGACGUUCUGAAGCCAGAUAUACUGGCCCCAGGGAGCCAAAUUUGGGCGGCUUGGAGCCCUAUUAGUGCCCUUGAACCCAUACUACGAGGUGAGGCUUGUGAAGAAUGUGGUUCAGAUUAGCACUGAAAGUUCCCUGACCUAUGUCUUUCGGUCAAUUUACAUUAUCUGGUGAUGAAUUGAGAAAACUGUGCAGGUGAGGAUUUUGCGCUGCUAUCAGGUACAAGCAUGGCAGCCCCUCACAUAGCAGGAAUCGCGGCCCUUAUAAAGCAAUUCAAGCCUACAUGGGACCCUUCUGAGAUCGCUUCUGCCAUUUCCACCACAGCAUCAGGUUACGAUGGCAACGGAAUCCCCAUCAUGUCCCAGGGAUCAGAUCCUCAAAGCCUAUAUCCCUCCACCCCCUUUGACCGUGGGGCAGGCCUUGUGAACCCUUCCAGAGCUCUCAAUCCAGGAUUGGUCUUCCCUUCAGGUACAACGAACUAGGCUACAUGACAGACCUCCUUCAUUCAAAUUCGAUUUAGGCAAAUGUUGAUCUUCCUAGAAAUAAUUUAUCCUCAACUUUACUUGCCUUUGCCUCCGAACAGUCACGUAGCUCAUUUCAUCAAAUAGCCUAAGAACCGCCCCUGUAAAAUUUAAAUCGGAAGAAACGAUGUCACUAGCAUGGAAUAAUGUUGCAGGGUUCAAGGACUACAUUAGCUUCUUAUGCUCCUCACCCAGCGUGGACCGGGAGAUGGUGAAGAGCACCACCAACAGAGCUUGUGGCAGCCCCGAGUCGUCUCCGGCAGACUUGAAUCUUCCCUCAAUAACAAUUGCUUCUCUGAGAGGACUCCAAAUGGUGAGACGAAGAGUCAAGAAUAUGGGCGACGUGCCGGAGACGUACUUGAGUUCUGUGCGUCAGCCGAGAGGGGUCCGCGUUUAUCUCAAGCCUUCGUUGUUCACAAUACAGCCGCAGGGAACCCAAGACAUACAGAUCGAGCUUAAAGUGACGGAGGCGUUAGAAGGGUUCAGUUUUGGUGAGAUUGUUCUUGUCGGAAGUUUGGAUCACAUUGUCAGGUUACCCAUGUCCAUCUUUCCUGUUGCAGUAAUCUAA